AUGAAUUCUAUUGAUUUUGAUUCGAUAAAUAACCUUAAUGCAAUUCCUGACAAUGAAGAAUACAUUUCAGUCAUUCAGUAUUUAUUAAAUCGGCUAGAAGCGGGAAUAACUUAUGCUUGGGUUGGUCCAAUUCUUUUAUCAUUGAAUCCCAAAGAAAAUUGUUCUCUCGAAUCGCAUUAUUUAUUGAAAAACAAUUCUUUCGAUUCUUCUCAAGUUUUUGAAAACAACCUCAAACCGCAUAUAUUUUCAGUUGCUGCAACUGCACAUUUUAAACUUGUAAACAAUCUCGGUAGACCUUCUCAGGUAAUUUUGUUAAGUGGUGAUAGUGGCACUGGAAAAACUUUCAAUGCAAAUCAGGCAAUAAACUUUCUCGCAACAAUUAAUAAAAGUUCAUCGACUUGUCCAUUGAAUGAAAAAAAAGUGGAAAAAUUUGCGAGAAAAAUUGCUAAUGCUUGUCCUUUAAUUACGGCUUUCAGUACAGCGUGUACUGAAAAAAAUUCACAAAGUUCAAGACAUGGACAAUUGAUAAAAUUCGAAUAUAAUAAAGGAAUUGUUUCUGGGGCUUCCAUUAAAUCUUUUCUCCUCGAACGAACAAGAGUGACAAAAGGAAACAAUAAUUUCAUGAUUUUUUAUCAGCUUCUUUUUGGAUCCACAAAUUCUGAACUUCAGAAUCUUGGUUUAUCUAAAGAAGAAUCGUAUAAUUUACUAGGAAUAAAUCCUUACAUUCAUAAUGAAGAACUCGGUUCAAGUUUUCAAAAAACUUUGUCAACUAUAAAGGAAUUUGGUUUUUCCGAAAAUGAUAGAAAAAAUAUUUUCAAUAUUAUUGCUUUGCUUAUACAUUUGGGGAAUAUAAAAUUUGUCGAAACUGGUGACGGUUCAACUGCAAUCGAUAUUGAAAAUAAAGUUUCCAGGAAAGCUCUUGAAAAAGCGAGUGUCCUGUCUGCAGUAUCGGAAAAUGAAUUAAAGGAAUUAUUAACAACAACAUUAAUAAGCACUCAAAGUCAAUGGCGAAGACAUUCUACUUACCGUCGAAAUCUCGUCUUUAUUGAAACUUGUCAAAAUCGAUUAUUUAGCAUUAUUCGACAUCUAUACGAUAAUUUGUUUAAUUGGUUAAUAGAUCGAAUAAACCAAACUUUAUCAUCAGAAGCUGAAAGUAACACUUGGUUGGGAAUACUAGAUAUUUUUGGAUUUGAAUCAUUUGCCGUAAAUGGUCUAGAGGAAUUUUCAAUAAAUUAUGCGAAUGAAAGGCUACAAUUAUAUUUUAUGCGAGAAUAUUUAGAAUCAGGACAUAAAGAAUUAUUAGAGGAAGGUUUAAGUGAUAUACCAACUCCAAAAAUUAUAGAUGACUAUCGACAUCGAUUAAAUGCCAUUGAAAAGAAUUUAUUUACAAUAUUGAAUGGUGUUGGUCCAAACGCAAUAAAAAAUCGAUGUGUUAAUCUGAAGAGUGAAUUUUUAAAACCGGAAAUGUGUAAUAUUUUUAAAGUGUCUCAAAUAGGGGAGAAUUUCAUUAUUAAUCAUUAUUCUCAACCUGUCGAGUAUUCUUUGCAAGAUUUGCUUUCAAAAAAUAGUGACAAGGUUCCCAAUGAGCUGCCAACUACUUUUUCUGAAUCUUCAAAUAUACUAUUGAAAUAUUUAUCAUCAGCUACAAAUGAAAAUCAUUUUUUGAAUAAUGACAAUAAAACUUAUUUAAGAAAUGCGACAACUUUGCUAAAAGUUAAACUUAGUUUAAAUGUGCUUUUGGAAGAGCUUAAAAAAUGUGAUACACAUUACGUUAAAUGUGUUAAGCCCAGAUUUGUUAAAAAUUCUUGGGACAAAAUUGAAUUAAGAAAGCAAUUAAUUUAUACAGGAAUUUUAGACGCUUUACCUCUCGCUCGAUGUAAAUUUUCAAUUCAUCUCAGAUAUGAUGAAUUUAAUGAACGAUAUUCAAAGAAACAUUUUGAUUGGAAAAAUAAUCUUUCUUCAUUCGAUUUUACUUUUCUUAUUCAACAAUGCAAAGAUAUCCUCAAAGAAUUGAGAAUAAUCGACAUGGAAAAUUUAUCGUCAAUGAUUUUUUUUGGAAAACGUUUAAUUUUCCUCAAGGAAUCAUUUUUCUUUAAGUUAGAAAAUCAGAGAAAUCUAUAUCGUAAUCAUUGUGCAUUCACAAUUCAAAAAUUUUGGAAAAUUUAUCAAUUAAAAAAAAUUACGAAUUUGAAUAAAAAAGAAUCGUUUCCCAUUGAAUUGAAGCAACAAACAAAUCAAUUAGACAAAGAAAAAAUAAUUCUCAAUGAACAAAAAUCAAAAAAUACACAAAAGAUGAUUGAGAGCACGAGACUCGAAUUAAUACAUUUUACAAAUUAUUUCGAUGUUAAGACCAAUCAAUAUGGCCAAAGUCAUAGUAUUUUAUUUGAACGAAACAUAUUUUUUUAUAAAAACCGAAUUCUUAGUCGUCAACGACUUGCUAAAGUAAGAUUCAGUUUUUUUUUAUCGAAUAUAUAUUUAAAUAUUUUUUUUGUACAAUUUUUUCGGCAGUUUAGAUUAUUAUCAUUCAAUUAGUUAAAUUUAAACUUUUAAAUUUGCCUAUUUCAAUCGAUUAAAAAAAAAAAAAAAAUGUUCUAUUAAUAGGUACCUGUUCGAUUC